AGAGUAAAUAUAUACAUGCACACAUAUAAACGUGUUUUGAAAACUUCGACUCGUAGAUUUUUACUUGAUCUUUUCUUGAUAAUCCAUAUUAUUAAUGAACUGUAAUUAGAUCGACGACGUGAAUGCCAGAUAUGGAACGUAUUCGGAGAAAACGUCAAAUAAUGAUUUUUAACUUUCUGGAUGACUUGACUUUCACGAUAAAUCAGACGUGUUGAAGUGUAUCAUGGUGGACACAUUUUGCUAUUGCUUUAGCAAUCUAAGUUAUUAUUUGAUAUCCUAGAAAUUGAUUGUUCUACAGUGCUUUCUCGUGAUGAUUUCUCAGUUGAACUCGUUACUUCCUUUAUUUACAAAGUGUUAAUCACAACUGAUCUCUACGUUUUAUUUUGGUAUCAUUCCGCGUUCGGUUGGAAGUCUUGCGGAGGAGGAGGAGGUAAUGGAUGUGUUCGUUGUAUGUCUGCUGUUACUCUCAUUUGGUGAAAAGUAAAUAGCAAUGAUUCGAAUGUAUACAAUUACAAGAAACCUGGAUACUUGUAAUUGUCAUGUACAUUUGGGUGAUGUAAAUGUUUGGAUGAGCCAACAGUGUGCAACGAUUAAUUCCAUGGCUGCAAUUACCCUCCGUAGGCCUAUGGCCUACCUGUGACAAGAGCAGCCAUUUUCACCGCCGAUUCGUUUUACAUGGUUUAAGUGUUCCUCAGCAUGCAGAAACGCGACGGGAGGGACAGAGAAAAAGAUACCCGUGAAGACGCUGCGAAGAGAGUUUCUCGUACAAGUGCUGGAGGAACAAGAACUAACAUGCAUGCUACCAGGCACAGUGGAUCCAGUAGCUCGGGUGUGUUGAUGGUUGGGCCAAACUUCAGAGUUGGAAAGAAGAUAGGAUGUGGAAACUUCGGAGAAUUGAGGCUUGGAAAAAAUCUAUAUAACAAUGAGCAUGUUGCCAUUAAAAUGGAGCCAAUGAAGUCAAAAGCUCCACAACUACAUUUGGAAUACAGGUUUUACAAACUUUUAGGAUCUCAUGAAGGCAUCCCAGAAGUAUUCUACUUUGGCCCAUGUGGAAAAUUCAAUGCUUUAGUAAUGGAAUUGUUGGGACCCAGUUUGGAAGACUUAUUUGACCUUUGUGGAAGGAGAUUCUCUUUAAAGACGGUGCUGAUGAUUGGUACACAACUUCUUCACAGGAUAGAGUAUGUUCACAGUCGACAUUUAAUAUAUAGGGAUGUAAAGCCAGAAAAUUUUCUUAUAGGCCGCAACGCCGCAAGAAAAGAUAAAGUUAUUCAUAUAAUAGAUUUUGGUUUAGCAAAGGAAUAUAUAGAUUUAGAAACAAACAAGCAUAUCCCAUACCGGGAACACAAAAGUCUUACAGGAACUGCAAGGUACAUGAGCAUCAACACACAUUUGGGCAAAGAACAAAGUCGAAGAGAUGAUUUAGAAGCUUUGGGUCAUAUGUUCAUGUAUUUCCUACGUGGGAGCCUGCCGUGGCAAGGACUGAAAGCAGAUACUCUAAAAGAGCGGUACCAAAAGAUUGGCGAUACCAAACGAGCCACUCCCAUUGAAGUACUUUGUGAAGGACAUCCAGAGGAAAUGGCCACCUACCUCCGAUACGUGCGAAGACUAGAUUUCUUUGAAACUCCAGAUUAUGAGUAUCUCAGGAAGUUGUUUCAAGAUCUUUUUGAAAGAAGAGGUUAUGUGGACGAUGGUGAAUUUGAUUGGACUGGGAGAACAAUGUCUACACCUGUUGGUUCAAUACAGACAGGUCAUGAAAUUGUAGUAUCUCCUAACAGAGAACGCCAUCCACAAGCAAAUAAGGGUGGAGGCAAAGGUGUCCCAGCAUGGCCAGAUGUUCCAAAGCAGCAGUCAAAUGCUUUAGGGAACUUGACUCCAGCUGAUCGUCAUGGUUCUGUUCAGGUUGUGAGUUCAACAAAUGGAGAACUAGCCAAUGAUGAUCCUACUGCUGGUCAUUCCAACACUCCUAUAACAGCUCCAGCUGAAGUUGAAAUAGUGGAUGAAACUAAUACUAACAUUUUUGAUAGUAUUAUGAAAUCCUAA